UAGAAACCAGAUGUCAAGGAACGUUUAUUUACUAAAACUUAACUUGAAGAAUUGAAGGGAAAUAUAGCAAGCAAAACUGGGGAUACCUUGCCCAAUAUGAUUCCGCUAUAGAAGAAAGUAUUUCGCAAUCUGUGGCACAACAGCACCCUCUAGAAGUCCCUCCAUACCCCAGACAUAUACCGGCCUCAUAGAAACUCUUGACAAACAAAUCAAAGGUCAGAAAGUUCCCAACACCAGAUACAUGAAUAGGGACUCAGGAAACAUAAUACGACUAACACCACAGAGGUGUGCUAACAGGCUAGGACGUUUCACCAUGACUCCCUAAGCCAUGACAGACGCCUUCAAUCCCACUCCCACUAUGCGCAACUACACCUACUGCGACCUGGAGGACUUCAAAAGGAACUACAAAGAAAACGUUCACGGCUACCUCAGCUUGACCGUGUGCAUCUUCGGUUCCAUAGCGAAUAUUUUCAACAUAUGCGUAUUGCGUACUAAACAGAUGCGCUCUCCUACAAACUAUAUCUUAACAGGUCUGGCUACAGCAGAUCUAUUGGUGAUGCUACAGUACAUCCCUUUCACCAUUCACCGUAACCUCGCCCCGAGCCCUUUACAUUAUAACCAUUUCAACUACCCUUGGGCGAUUUUUUAUAAGUUUCACUCGUUGUUCACUUUGGUGUUGCACUUUAUUUCAUGCGUUUUGACUAUAAUUUUGGCCAUAUGGAGGUACGUCUAUGUGUCACAGUUACAUGCCAGUAAGAUCUGCUCGGAUCAAAAGAAAACCCUUAUUGUGAUAGUGAUAAGUUAUAUUAUGUGUCCCUUGUUAUGUUUCCCCAUGUUUUCUACGUUGGAGAUCAAAGAGUACCAGCAGACUUGUGAUAGAGAUGGGCUAAUAGUUUUAAUGAAAGACAGAAUCAAGUAUGACAAAUAUCUGCUAAAGAAUGAAACGAUUUUCUUGUUAUACCCCAAUGACCCCCUACAAGUGAGUGUGUGGGUGUACAGCUUAGUUCUUAAGCUAGUACCCUGUUUAUUUCUCAGUGUGUUGUCUUACCUAAUUAUUUCGGCCCUAAUCGAAACGAGGAGAAGGCGAUUAAGGUUGCUUAACUCUUGCAAUCCUUUAGAAGAGUUUACCAAGCAUCGGAAGUCAAACUCUGUUCAGCUAUUUAAGGAUACUCAAGCCGAUAGGACCACGAAGAUGUUGUUGGCUGUACUCUUCCUGUUUCUGCUUACUGAAUUUCCUCAGGGGAUUUUGGGACAAAUCAGCGCCAUUUAUGGAAAUGUGUUUUUGCAGGAGUGCUACUCUGCCUUAGGUGAAGUAAUGGACAUAAUGGCCCUUAUAAACUCCUCCAUCACUUUCAUCUUGUACUGCACCAUGUCCAGACAAUUUCGCGUCACGUUCCAAGAAAUGUUUCAAAUCGAAAAAAUCACCCGCUGGAUGGCACUAAAGCGGUCGAGUUCGAAAGUAACUCAGGAGGAGAACGGGGUGGAGACGAAGAUGUCGUUGGUGUAGACAGUGCGGCCGAAAGUUCAAAGUGAAUGUUGUGCGGUCCCUAAUGGCUGACGUCCGUUAGGGGUUAACUGUGUAACCAGUGUAACUAGAUUACCGAAGUUAUGUCACACUGUGAUAUUAGUUCAUAAGCUUUUUAAGAGAUUUAUAUUUAAUUUUUGUCAGAACGUCCAUGGUGCAUUAUCAAGGGCGUAUCUGAUAACUUAUUUAUAAAUCAUGCUAUAUACAUUGAUGUCCGUGGUAAAUUAUAGAAGGUAUAAAACGUUUUUGAGGUAAUUUUGUGAAGAGAAAAUAAAUAUUUAUUCGAAAGACUCUUUACAAUUGACAUAGUAAUAAUUUUAAUUUUUUCUAUGUAAUAAACUAAUUUAAAAAAUAUAGUUGUCUAUCUGUCA